UCCUAUGGGCUGUCAAGCUAUUUUCAACUUUCUUCUUUUGGGUCCAAAUCAGAUUUUUAAUGGGCCAAGAUCCAUUUAUUAUCCGUCCAUUAUACAAUUUUAACGUAAGACGCCCUACGUAAAUAGAAGUUGUUUUAACUUAAGCUUAAUAUCCAUGCAGAAGGAUAUAAAAUAUGAACUUGGAAAUAAGUGGGAUUAAUUAUUGAGAUUUAUUUAUUUCCCUUUUUACUUAAGCUUAAUAUACACUUGCACGAUUCAGUAUCAAAAUAAAUUAGACUAAGCAUCAAGAUAAAAAAGAUUCGAAUAUACACUUUACUACUUUAUAGUAUUUUGUAUUAUAAAAACAGAUCAAUUUACAUCUGUCUUUCAUUAAGUUUUGUUUAUUAGGAAACACAUAUUUAAUCAAAUCUUUGUCUCUCUCUGUCCGUAGAGAAUUUAUCGGGACAUAAAUCUUCUUUGACCAUCCCUUCACCUUCACUUUCAUCAUUUCUCGGAAGAUAAAAAGAAAAUUUAAGAGAGAGAUCAGAGAGAAAGAGAGACAAUAAUUUUAUCAUUAUAAAAAAAAACUCUCUGUGUUUGGCGAGAUGGGAAACUGCGCCAUCAAGCCAAAGGUUCUAAAAGAUUCCGACGAGGAUCUCGUCCCGGUUGAGCGAGACACGACGGUUCACAACAAGUAUUCGGGUGAAAAGAGCAAGAACAAUGCUCCUAACGCGGCCGAUGAAGAAGCCGCUGCGGCACGGCGGAGCGAGAAAGGAAAAGAUAUUCUGAUAGAAGAUGAUGCGGAGGAUGGAAACAGCAAACGUCAGUCUCUCAGUCUCUUGUUUCAUGAGGACAAGGCAAUAGUAAAAGAACUAACGGGUCAUUCUCCGGCAAAACCAGUGAUUAACAACAACAAAGGUGAUGUUUCUUCAGAGGUUUCAAAGCUUGAUGAUGUUUCUGCCCCGGCGACUUCUAAUGUAAUAAAAGCUCCAGAAACAUUUGACGUUCAAACUCGAGAUGACCUUCAUGUCAAGAUUCCAAAUGAAUCAAAGGUCAAGACUCCUGAGACGCCUAAAGCUAAAGAAGCUGAAGAGAAAGAAGUUAAUUAUUCAGAGAAUUGGGAAGUUAAGUUUCCAGAGGAGUCAGAAUCUAUGAAAAAAUCUGAAGCUGUCAAGGUUGUAGAAGACUCGAAACCUCCACAAGUUUCUAAAGUUUCUGCUCCUAUAUUAUCUGAAGUGAAGGUUACAAAAGAGAAUGAUGUCCCUGAGGUCUUGGAGGAUAAGAGUGUUUCAAAAGUUAGUGAGGUUCAUGCUCCUACUGAAUUGUCUGAAUUGAAGGUUACUAAAGAGCCAGAGGUUCAUGAGGUCUUGGAGGAUAAGAAUAUUGUUUCAAAAGCUUGUGAAGUUGAUGCUCCUCCUAAAUUGUCUGAAGUGAAGGGUACAAAAGAGUCAGAUGUUCCUAAGGUUUUAGAGGAUAAGAAUGUUUCAAAAGAUUCUGAGGUUCCUACUCCUCCUGAACUAUCUGAAAUAAAGGUUACAAAAGAGUCAGAUGUUCAUGAGGUCUUGGAGGAUAAAAAUGUUUCAGAGAUUUCUAAAUGCAAGACUGAUGAAGUUAAAGCCGCUGAGUCAGAACUUCUAAAAGUGGCAGAGGUUCAAUCAUCUAAAGAUUUGGAGAUUAAAGUUCCAAAAGUUUUUGAAAUGAAGACUCCUGAGACAUCAAACGUUAAGGUUGGAUCAGAUGUGAAGACUAAGGUUGGAUUUGAAGUCAAGACUAAUCAAGAAGCAUCUGAAGUAAAGACUACAAAAGAAAAAGAGGUUCCAGAGUUUCUAGACGCACAAAAGAAGAUUGAUAGAUCUGAAGCACAGAUUCUUGAGGACAUUAAACUCUCGGAAGAGAAUAUGGCUGUGACGGGUAAAGCAGAGGAAGGAGAAAAAGGUUUGUCUUUUGAGAAGAAAGUCAAAGGGAUUACAAUGUCUGACUUAGAUAACAAAUGAGUUACAAGAGAGUCAAGAGAAAUUACGUAAUAUGUUUUUAUUUCUAAAUAUGGGGAUUAGUUUUCUAUGUGCAUGUCCCCAAUUUGUUGUACACUUUUCAUCAUUUCUAAUUUUUUUUUUGUUAUUUCCAAAUCAAAGAAAAUUGGUUGAUCAGUUUUAUAGACGGUCUAAUAGGAUAUGAUAGGAUAUAUAUUUGGAAUCAGUUCAAUAAACUUAAUUAUUUUUCAAAACUAAAAUUUAUUAUUAUUAGUAAAUAAAAGUCCGUAAAUGAUAUCCUUGUGAAAAUAGUUUUUUGAUACUACUUAUCUUUAAAAAAGGAUGUGUGUGUAUAUAUUUAAUCAGUAUAAAUAAAUAUUACUGAGACAGAAAAUAAACACAUUUUGGUUUCAAAAGAGAAAGAAAAUAAACAUCUCCAUUAUUCAUUCAAAAAAAUAAACAUCCCUAUUUUUAAUAGAGAAAAAGACUAGGAUAGCACCAAACUAAGUUUUUGUUCUCAAACUAACACUCAAAACUCAAAGUCACAAAAAUAGGUUUCAU